AUGAAACAUUGCUCACUUGCAACUUUGAGGAGCACAAUAACCGUAAAACUUUUGAAUGACAAGGCAGUCUAUUUUUUUCAGAAUGCUGCGUGUAUCUUGGUUCCUGGUGGGUUUGGAGACAGGGGUGUGAAAGGAAUGAUAUUGGCUGCAAAAUACGCUCGAGAGAACAGAGUACCGUAUCUUGGCAUCUGCUUGGGCAUGCAGAUAUCCGUAAUUGAGAUUGCCAGAAAUGUAUUGAACUUGCAAAGAGCCAACAGCAGUGAGUUUGAUGACGAGACUCCGGACCCUGUUGUGAUUUUCAUGCCAGAGGGUUCAAAAACACAUAUGGGAAGCACAAUGAGACUUGGGAGUCGCAGAACAUUACUCCAGACUCCAGAUUGCUUGACAGCAAAGCUGUACCACAACUCAGAGUACGUUGAUGAACGGCAUAGGCACAGAUACGAGGUGAACCCAGACAUGGUUAGCAUUUUGGAAAAAUCUGGGCUAAAAUUUGUUGGUAAAGAUGAAAGUGGAAAACGAAUGGAGAUUCUGGAGCUCAAGGAUCAUCCUUUCUACGUGGGUGUUCAGUUUCAUCCCGAAUUCAAAUCACGCCCUGGGAAGCCUUCUCCUCCAUUCUUAG